AGGGACGUGCAAUGAGCCUCUGGGAAUGGAAAACGGGAACAUCCCAGACGAUGCCAUCACCGCCAGUUCAUCGUAUGUUCCAAACGUUGGUCCAAAAAACGGCAGGUUGAGGGUGGAACGUGCAGGAGGAGGCUGGUGUCCCAAGCAACAAGUAGAAAGUGGUGUCAGAGAGUACCUUCAAGUCGAUCUAGGUGGCGUCCAUGCUGUGACGGGCGUACAAACGCAGGGCAGAUACGACCGGGGCAGAGGACAGGAGUACGCCGAGGAGUACACGGUGGAGUACUUGAGACCCGGGAUGAAGGAGUGGCGGGAGUACCGCAGAUGGGACGGAAAAAGAUUAUUCUACGGUCUACGGAAAUGCAACCGUAAAUGUAUAAAAUUUCAUGGGGUCCUGGUAUAAGACGGAGGAAAUUCGUUCGCAAAUGGCUUCUCCGGCAGGAAAUCCUAGAACGAGACGCCAUGUCGUAGCUGGAUAACUACUAAGGGUAACUGUAGCCCUGUGCCGAAGCACCAGAUACCAAAAAAAGUAUAAAUACAACAAAAAGUAAGCUCACUCGCGAGACCACUCAUGUUCGGACUUCUGGAGUUACAGGGUGGCCGAUAUGUAACUGACUGCUUUGUAUCUUGAAUAUUUGUGAAAUGAAAUAAAAAACA